UUGGCAACACUGUAUUUGGACCGCACGCUUUAAGAAUUUGUUUUGAUAUUAGAAAUUUGUUUAUUCCUUUCAAAAUAUGCGUUAUGCACAAAUAAUUGUGGGGCCAGCUGGCAGCGGGAAGUCGACGUAUUGCAGUAACAUGCAACAGUAUGCCAUGGAUUCUAAGCGGAAUAUUCAGGUUGUAAACCUGGAUCCGGCGGCAGAGCACUUUAGUUACACCCCGCUCACGGAUAUACGGGAGUUGAUCCACUUGGACGACGCCAUGGAAGACGAGGAGCUUCACUAUGGUCCGAACGGAGGCCUCAUCUUCUGUCUGGAGUUCCUGAUCGAAAACCAAGAUUGGCUUAAGGAUCAGCUCUGCGGCGGCGAGAAUGAACUUAUGGUCGGCGAGCCGGACGAUGAUUAUAUACUGUUUGAUAUGCCUGGCCAGAUAGAACUGUUCACCCACCUCAAGAUGGGAAAGCAGCUGGUGCAGUUGCUCGAGUCAUGGAACUUUCGGACAUGUGUAGUCUUUUGUCUCGAUUCCCAAUUCAUGGUGGACGGCGCCAAGUUUAUAUCCGGUACAAUGGCUGCGUUGAGUGUUAUGGCCAAUAUGGAGCAGCCGCAUGUCAACGUACUUACCAAGUGUGAUCUCCUGAGCUCCGAAGCGCGAAAGCAAUUGGAGUUCUACCUAGAACCGGAUUCACACAAUCUCAUGGGCGAGCUGACAAUUGGAAGCGGCUUUGGAGAAAAGUAUCGAAAGCUUACAGAAGCCAUUGGAUCACUGAUUGAGGAUUUCAGUUUGGUGCGAUUUUUCCCUUUGGAUCCACAAGAUGAGGAAAAUAUUGGCGAUCUCCUGCUACAAAUCGACAAUGUAUUGCAAUACGGGGAAGAUGCUGAUGUCAAAGUAAGGGACUUUGAUGAGCCUGAUGAGGAGGAAAGGAAUGAUACAUAAAACAAAUAUAUU